GAAGGUCGCUGCCUGUUCGUCAUCCUGCUCAUGGCGGUGUACUGGUGCACAGAGGCCCUGCCCCUCUCGGUGACAGCCUUGCUGCCCAUCAUCCUCUUCCCCUUCUUGGGCAUCCUGCCCUCCAACAAGGUCUGCGCCCAGUACUUCCUGGACACCAACUUCCUCUUCCUCAGCGGUCUGAUCAUGGCCAGCGCCAUCGAGGAGUGGAACCUGCACCGGAGAAUUGCCCUCAAGGUCCUGAUGCUCACUGGGGUCCAGCCGGCCAGGCUCAUCCUAGGGAUGAUGGUGACCACGUCCUUUCUGUCCAUGUGGCUGAGCAACACGGCCUCCACUGCCAUGAUGCUGCCCAUCGCCAGCGCCAUCCUGAAGAGUCUCUUUGGCCAGGAGGUUCGUAAAGACCUCAGCUGGGAGAGUGAAGAGAAAGCAGCAAAGACUGUCCUGAGGAGGCGGAGGCUCCAACGGAUCUCCAGGCUAACUCUAAGAAGGAGGAGGAAUAUCGCAGGAACAUCUGGAAGGGCUUCCUCAUCUCCAUCCCCUACUCGGCCAGCAUCGGGGGCACCGCCACCCUCACGGGCACGGCCCCCAACCUCAUCCUGCUUGGCCAGCUCAAGGGGCUGGCUCUGGAUCUCCUUCCUGUAUGGAGGGAUAACCCUGAGGGGCUGGAGGAAGAAGAAAUCUGAGAUCAGAAGUGAUGCAGAAAGUAGGGCUCGAGCCAUGAUUCAGGAGGAAUUCCAGAACCUGGGGCCCAUCAAGUUUGCCGAACAGGCCGUGUUCAUCCUUUUCUGCAUAUUCGCCAUCCUCCUCUUCUCCCGGGACCCGAAGUUCAUCCCUGGCUGGGCCAGCCUCUUCACCCCUGGGUUUAUUUCUGAUGCUGUCACUGGCGUGUCCGUUGUCACCGUCUUGUUCUUCUUCCCGUCCCAAAAGCCAUCUCUCAAGUGGUGGUUUGACUUUAAAGCUCCCAACACAGAGACAGAGCCCUUGUUGACAUGGAAGAAGGCUCAGGACACGGUGCCCUGGAACAUCAUCCUUCUCCUGGGAGGGGGCUUCGCCAUGGCCAAAGGCUGUGAGGAGUCGGGGCUAUCCGCGUGGAUUGGUGGGCAGCUGCACCCCCUGGAGAAGGUGCCACCGGCGCUGGCCGUGCUGCUCAUCACUGUGGUUGUCGCCUUCUUCACGGAGUUUGCCAGCAACACGGCCACUAUCAUCAUCUUCCUGCCUGUCCUGGCGGAGCUGGCCAUCCGUCUGAGGGUGCACCCCCUGUAUCUGAUGAUCCCCGGCACAGUCGGCUGCUCCUAUGCCUUCAUGCUUCCAGUCUCGACACCCCCCAACUCAAUCGCCUUCGCCUCUGGACACUUGCUGGUCAAAGACAUGGCGCGGACGGGACUCCUGAUGAACGUGAUGGGCGUCCUGCUGCUCAGCCUGGCCAUGAAUACUUGGGCACAGACCAUCUUCCAGCUGGGCACCUUCCCGGACUGGGCCAACAUCCACCUAAGCAAUGUCACAGCACUGCCAUCCACCUUGGCCAAUGACACAUUUCAGACCCUCUGAGUCCCCCUCAGGUACUCUCUUCGGGCUGGGCCCUCAUCUGCUGCCAGGACCCCACAGGAUGAUCAAGCAAUUCUUCUCUGUGAUCCAGCACGCAGCAAGCGAGGGUGACUUCCAGGGGUCCACUUGGGUCCACAGUCUCGUUAUCUAGGAUACCUUCUCCUCUGUCAUGCAGUUCAGGGUGCAGCUACCUCCCAGAUCUGCUGCCUGAGCAACAAGCUCCUUUAUCUCUGAGCUGUUCUGUGGUUAGGAUGCAAGAAAGCCCAAUUUCAGCAACAAGAAGCAAAUCUGGAAUGGCGUUUGUCUUGAAUAGGUAGGGUGGGAAGCACAGCUAGCAUCCCUCGCUGACUACACGGGUUACCAUCUGGAGAGACCAUCUUGCCUUUAGAGAUCACCUUCCUUCAAGAGACUCUGGGGCUGCUGUGUCCCAGUCCAGCUGUUCCAGCUGUUCACAGCUGGUGUGCGCUCUGCUUGGUGGGGGCCAAUUCUCUGCCAGUUAUUCAAAUAUCACCCCUGCUGAUACCCAGCAGCCAGGGGUAUUUUCAAUCCCUGGAGACAGGGGGAGGGACAGAUGACAUCCUGAGGACAUGGAGAUCGUGCAAAGCCUCCUUGCUGCUUCUCCGGGCUCCCGAGCGCACAAGAGGAGUUCUAGACCUUUCUACCCAAGCUUAUUAGGAUUUUCCUGUUCAGUCUGAUUCAGUGUGGCCACAGUUCCAGGGUCAGGCCAAGUCUGGGCCAUGCCCUCUCACAGGUGACCCAUGGCCCCUCCAGCCAGGCCCCUUCCGCACGUGGCCCACAAGGGCCUUCGUGACUGCAGGCUUCUUCUUCCAGGAGCUGGUCUUUACCUCCCUGCCCCGACCCGAAGCGGUAAGCAUGUUUGAUUAGCAAAGGCCACAUUUUUCAGGGGUGAGAGAAAAGUCAAAAGAUAAAUUGGGGCCUUGUAAGCGGUCAGAUGUCUCAGGCAGGGAAACACCAUAAUCCUCUUCUACAGACGAGGACAACUUAAGACUUCCCCUGAGCCAGUGGCUGGUGGGGCCUGUCCUAGAGGAUCUGAUCCCUCCUUGCUUCAAGUAGGAACAUCUCGAAAAGGCACCGGCUGAGGGGCCCAGAAAGCUCACCUCCCCGACUUCCUACGCCUCUGAGGGAUGAGGUUCCCCAAGCAGCUCGGGCUGGGAAGCAGCACCCAGGGACUGAACUUGUUCUUGAAACAGCACAAGUGAGUCAUGGAUGUUCCCCUGGGAGCAGUGGGGAGGAGGGAGAAUGGGCUCCCUGUCCUUCCCGUGGGGUUACUUCAACAUUUAGUCAGUUACAGCCCUUUGGGGUGGGGCGUGCACUUCUAUUGGAUGGGGCAGUGGAGAAAUUCAUUCACAGAGAAACCCAAGGGGCUUAUAACCGGAUGAAUCGUGAUUUCAGAUACUUCUGAUUGAAAAUUCUAUAAAAUAAAGAAUGUUAAUCAACCCUGGGCCUGGAGAUUAUUUGCCUUUGUGGCCAUAAAAGAGCUUCAAAGCCCUAAGUUCUGGAACUGGGGGCUUCACAGAAUUGACCUCCCUGACCUCACUUCCUUACUGCUCUCCCCUCUCCACUCUACUCCAGCCACAUACUCAAACUCUCCUGCCUCUGGGCCUUUGCACACGCUGUUUCCGUUACCUAGAACACUUUGCUCCCAAAUCUAUGCUUGUUCCUCACUUUAUUCAGGUCUCUGCUCAAAUGUCACCUCCCCAGAGAAGCCUCCCUGACCAUCAAGUCUAAAAUAUCACCCUCAUUACUUUUUAUCCCCUUAUCCUGCUAUAUUUUUCUCCUUAAUAUUUAGUCAGGACACUGUAUUAUUUACUUUCUUGUUUAUUAACUUUCUCUCCCUCUAGAAAAUAAACCUAUGAGAAUACAAACUUUAUUUUGUUCAGUGUUGUAACUCCAGUUCCUAGAACAGUUUCUGGCACAUAGUAGAUGCUUAGUAAACAUUUGAUAAGUAAAUCUAUACUAGAAUUUAUGAGAAAGCAAACUCACUCUUCAAUCUGGGGUCUGUUUGGCUCAUUUCUUUAUUCACUCAUUCUUCCAUUUAUUCAUUCAACAGUAUUUAUGUAGAAUCUGUUACGUGCUAGUCCACUGUCCCCAGCCACAUGGAAAUUAGCCCUGGAGACAGGCAGUAAGCAGGUAAACAAAUAGGUAAAGUGACUCUGGGUCAUAAUGUGGGCUAAGAAGAAAAUGAAACUGGCCAAUGUGAGAAAUCUAUGGCUAUGUUAGCUACAAAGGCUAUGUUAGCCAGGGUGGUCAGGGAGGACUUCUCUGAGGAGGCGGCCCUGGGCUGAGACCAGUAGGAGUCAGCCAUGUGCUCAAGGUGGUGGGAGGAAAGGAGAUGGCAGGGGUGGUACAGAGUUGUUAGAAAUUUACCAAGGACUCAUCUGGAAUACACAAGGAAUACCCAGAAGCCAGAAGAGACAAAAACAAAACACUUACCUGAGGCUGCAUAACAAAUCAUCCCAAAGUUCAGGGCCUUAAAACACAACACAUUUCUGCACUUGGUCAGAGUUCUGCAGGCCUGGUUUUGUCUCUGCUGUACAUGGUGUGGCUGGGGCCACUCAGCUGGGGGUUUAGCUGGCACUGGAAAGUCCAUGGUGGCUGUGGACCCUCCAGGGUCACGUGGCUUCUCCAGGAGUCCAGCCUGGACCUCUGUACGUGGCAGUGGGCUUCUCAGAAGGCAAAAGCAGAAGCUACAAGUCCCCUUAAGGCGUGGGCUUGGGAGUCCAAGAACGAACGUCAAUUCUGCCACAUUGUAUUGGUCACAUCAGGUCACAGGGUUAGCCUGGUUCAAGGGGAGGGAAAUAACUCCGCUCCUUAAUGGGAGGAGUGCCAUCCACAUACAGGGCAGAAGAUGGCUAGCCACCAACUUCGGAAGCCUUCCACCGUAACACCCAAGAGAAAAUUGGGUGAAAGUUACGAAUAUGCCGUUCUGAAAAGGGAUAUGUGAGUGGCCAGCGGGUUUAGAAAGAGAUGCUCAGACCACUUGUAAUCAGGUAGGUGCAAGUUAAGCCACGGUUCAACAACAUGCCAACCAGACUGACGAAAACUAGAAAAGUGGACAGUGAGUGAUGGUGAAAUGCGAGGACACAGAAACCCUUGUUUUCUGUUGGCGAGACAACUAUUACCGUCAGCCUGGCAAGCAACUUGGUAGUAAUUGGGGAUUCAUUGUCUGCGUUCCUAUGGCCCAUCCUGUUCUUGGGCUUAUAUCCCAGCAAAACUAUCCCAUGGGUCCCUAAGGAGACAAUGUAGGAGGAUAUUCAUGCCACAGUUGUCUGAGGUACCAAGGAGCUGGAGGCCACCAAGGUGACCAUCACUGGGGAAGAGGGGCAUUUAAAUAAAACAUGGAGGAAGCACACCGUGGAAACAUGGCCACAAGCAGACGCGAUGAAAUGUGGAGUGAUAGCAUGGACACGGACAGACUCUGGCACGAACGUCAAAGAGAAGCGCAGGAUCAUGUGGGCAGAGGAAUGG